AUGAACACACUCAGACAUUGGUUCUUCACUGUUUUGAUUCUGAGUGUUUCACUUCCAUUUGUUUUCUAUAUUGUUAAUUGGCAUGCACAAAAAUCUCUUAGGAUACUGAACCUCUCAGCGAGUUCAGCUUUAGCAGAAGCCUGUAAAGCACUUAAUGAAGAUAAGGCAUUCUUUCUGAAGGAAAACACUUUGAAAACAUCAUCCAGAAAAUCCAGUUGCACAGAGUAUGUCAUGCAGAAUCAUUACAUCACUGGAACCCUCUCAGCUGAAGAGGCUGCCUUCCCCCUCGCCUACAUCAUGACCCUGCACAAGGAGUUUGAGACCUUCGAGCGGCUCUUCCGGGCAGUGUACAUGCCCCAGAACAUCUACUGUAUCCAUGUGGACCAGAAGGCGCCGGUUGCCUUUCAGCAGGCAGUACGGCGCCUGGUGGGCUGUUUCCCCAACGCGUUCCUGGCCUCCAAGAUGGAGCGGGUGGUCUACGGUGGCAUAUCCCGCCUGCGGGCUGACCUCAACUGCAUGAGAGACCUGCUGGCUUCUGCUGUGCCCUGGAAGUACCUGCUCAACACCUGCGGGCAGGACUUCCCCUUGAAGACCAACCGGGAAAUCAUCCGGUUCCUUAAGGGCUUCAGAGGCAAAAACAUCACUCCUGGGGUGCUGCCGCCGGCCCAUGUCACUACACGCACCAAGUACGUACACAAGGAACAAUUAUAUCCUUUCUUUUCUUUCAUGCUGUGGACGUUUGUACAUAAAGCACCUCCGCCUCACAACCUUACCAUCUACUUUGGCUCUGCAUACAUCGCAGUCACCCGGCCCUUUGUGAAGUUUGUGCUCCAAGACCAGCGUGCCAUUGAUUUACUGGCGUGGUCUGAGGAUACCUAUAGCCCUGAUGAGCACUUCUGGGUGACGCUCAACAGGAUUCCAGAUACCAAAGGGAAAAUUGAAAGCAAAUUCAAUUUUGUCACAUUUGCAGCUCUUUGCACAGACAGCUGA